AUGAAGUUGGAUAUUCUGCUCAAGGUCAAGGGAAUCAGACCUGAUGAGAAAACGCAGAUGACAUCAGUGGACCGAAUGGCUAGUGCAAAUAUUCCAUAUUUGCCUGCUAUGGAGCAGACCCGAAUGCUAGCACACACUUUAGCUCAGAACACCAAUCCAAAGUUUCAGAAAUCCAAGUUACUUCAUUUUGUUUCAAAGAUGAGUUGUGUGGAAUUGAAUAUUGAGGAUAACCAGAUGGACACUGAGGGGCAUGAAGUUGUGGAGACUCCGUUUCUUGAGAUUCUUGUUGCUGGAGGAAAGGUAGCUCCAUUGUUCCUGGAUAUACACCGAGACCAUUUUGCACUCACACAGAAAUACAUAGAAUGGGUUGGAUAUCUUGAUGAAUUGUCUCCACGUGUGCCAUUAUACAAAGUAAUGGAGGGAAAUGAACCUUCUUUCUUCACAACAUACUUCUCAUGGGAUCCUUCUAACCCAUCAGUGCUGUUGGUGAUUGGCUUAAAGUAG